UUUUCACUCGGCGGCGGCGGUUGUGUCGCGGACGGAAAGCAAAAGAUAUUUUUGAAAAGAUCGAAAAUUGAAGAAAUUAAAUGCAGCAGCUUUGAACUACCCAACAAAUCCAAACUGUUUUUAUAAUAAUCAAGUGAAUCAAACCAAUAUAUUCUUUUAAACUACUAUAAACCCGGUUCGUUCUUUUUAAAACCAAAUCAAUUAACUAAAAAUUUAUAAAGAUACAAAAUAUCUCAACUACAAACCUAUAUUUUAACGCGUGUAAUUGAAAAACCUGCGAGUAUUUAAUCAUCAUCGAAGGCAAGUGUCAAAAAAAAGUGUUCCGAGGUCAAUGUUUUCUCUGUUUCAACGGCGGCAACAACAACUCAUCGCUUCAAUUAAGUACACAAUCUGCAGCAAGUUCAGCGAGCAUAAAGGAUAAAAAGGACUCAACUCAAACUGGGCUAAAACCGGACCCGAAAACCAAACCAAUUCGACGCCGACGCCAAUUUUAACUACUGUUGGUGGCGCCAGCAGCGAAUAGCGAAUAAUUGAAUCAUAAAGGACGCAAGGACGCGGACGUGCCACUGAAUCGGAGCUGCCAGGCAGGCAGUCAGGAAGGCGGAGGGAUCCAGGAUCAACAAAAGCCGAGCAAAUAAUUGCUGUAUAGUGUGCACGGGAACGAGGUCCAAAAACUCUUUCCCAUCUCCUACCUAAAUCGGUGGAGUGUUGGGAUCCAACAUUGCGAAGGAGGCGGCUGCAGGGAAAUGACAGCCGUCCUGCUUUAAUUAAAGCCGCGGAGUGGGCGUGGGCGUGCGGGGGGCGUGGCGCCGCCGAAAGUGUGCUCUGCAAUAAAAGGAGGAAAUUGAAACGCAAUGUGGCUGAUGCCGCGGACCGUGGACAACGCAACAAAGUGGACGAAAUUGCUUUUGGAACAGCACGGCCAGCUAGGCACUAGCACCAGGCAGGCAUUAAUUUUGAUUAAAUUCACCUGAAAACACUCGCAUUUCCGACAGCCAGCCCGCAUACCGAGUGAAAUAUUAGCCUAAAAAACAACAGCCAACUUUUAAGUAUCCUGGAUCCCGCAAAAAGAAGCAAGAGGAGUAGCAGGAGUAACAGGAGCAGGAGCAGCAGCAGGAGCAAGAGGAGGAGUAGAAGGUGGUGUCAUCAUCUUGCGCAAGUCGGUUUUGCGUGCCGCAGGCAUUGCAACAGCCACACAUGAACACGUCUCUCUGACAGCAGGAGGAGACGGAGGAGGGACGGACGGCCAAGUCGGGACCCCAGCACCAACGCAGCAUAAUUUCGUCAACUGCAGCCAGGGUGAGCUGUCGGCGGCAGAGCGCAUAACCCACCAUUCCCCGGGACCCAAUCCCAAACCCAGCCCACAAUCAUCAUCAUCAUCAGCAGCAACAGUAGCAGGCAAGGCACAAUCGCUGUCACAGUCAGCAACUGUUGUCAGAAAGGAAAAGGAUCAGAAACAGGACACAGGACACAGUAGGAGAAGGAGCAGGAGCAGGAGCAGGAGCUGGAGCAGCACCAGGAACCAACUGAAAACCCAUUUCCCAGGACCGCGCCCCAAUGAAUCUGCUGUGCUGCUGUUGUUGCAGUAACAUGGCACCAAACCAGCGCGUCACACGCAAAUGGGAACUGUUUGCCGGACGCAAUAAAUUCUACUGCGAUGGAUUGCUAAUGUCCGCACCGCACACAGGCGUCUUCUACUUGACGUGCAUCCUGAUUACCGGCACCAGUGCGCUCUUCUUUGCCUUCGACUGUCCAUUUCUGGCGGAGCGCAUCAAUCCGGUGAUACCCAUUGUGGGAGCGGUUCUAUAUUUCUUUACGAUGAGCUCCUUGCUGCGUACAACCUUCACGGAUCCGGGGGUCAUACCGCGAGCCUCCAAUGAUGAGGCAGCCUAUAUCGAAAAGCAAAUUGAGGUGCCAAACUCUCUAAACAGCCCCACAUAUCGACCACCGCCAAGGACCAAGGAGGUCCUGGUCAAGGGACAAACGGUCAAGCUGAAAUACUGCUUCACCUGCAAGAUCUUCCGGCCGCCAAGGGCCUCACACUGCAGCCUGUGCGAUAACUGUGUGGACCGCUUCGAUCACCACUGUCCCUGGGUGGGAAACUGCGUGGGCAAGCGGAAUUAUCGGUUCUUUUAUUUGUUUCUAGUCUCAUUGGCAUUUUUAGCUGUAUUUAUAUUCUCGUGCUCUGUGACGCAUUUAGUUUUAUUGAUGAAAACCGAGCAGGAGGUCUUCGAAGUAAUCAAGAAGGCGCCCUUCACUGUGAUUGUUGUGUUCAUUUGCUUCUUUUCGAUAUGGUCCGUGAUCGGCCUGGCCGGCUUCCAUACCUAUCUGACAACAAGCGAUCAGACAACCAAUGAGGAUCUCAAGGGAUCCUUCUCCUCCAAAGGCGGUCCACGCAACCAGAAUCCCUACUCGCGGGGCAACAUCUGCCUGAACUGCUGUCACAUCCUGUGCGGACCCAUGACGCCCUCGCUGAUCGACAGACGCGGCAUUGCCACCGAUGAGUUCAUCCAGCAGAUGCAGCACCAGUCGAGUCCGCGGCACGCACUGAGCGAUGUGCUGAGUGCCUCGCACAUGGUCACCACCUCGCAGCCCAUGAUGGGCGGCGGUGGCGGUGGCAUCGGUGGUGCCGGCGGCGGGAUCAGCAUUGGAGGGGCAGAGCUGAAGCCACGCUUCUACGACGAGUCCAAUCCCUCCUCCUCGACACUGGAGGGCAAUGGAGCAGCAGCAGCAGCAGCAGCCGCCGCCGCAAUCAAUGGCCAUGGGAACGGUCACGGGCUUGGGCAUGGGAACGGAUUCGAUCAUCCGCCGCCCAGCUACGACCUGGUUCAAAACGGUAAUUCCAAUAGUCUAGCUCAGCUGGUGGACAACGAGAUCCCGCUGGCCCAGAUGGACAUGCCGGCGUACACUCAUCAGACGGCCACGCAGUCACGGCAGUACCGCCACCGGCAUCAUAAGCAGCGCCAGAUCUCGAACGGUGGUACGGUGAGCUAUGAGAAUCAGCUGGCCACCGCCAGCAGUGAGGAUGAGCUCGAUGAUCCCGAUGUGGUGGUGGUUGGCAGCCCCGAAGUGGUGGCCGCCGUGGCAGCCAUUGCCUCCAAUAAGGCGCGGGAUCUGCGCAAUCGCAGCGGCAGCUACAGCAACCUCUUCGAUGCGGACUUUGAGUCUGCCCUGGUCAACUCCACGCUGGUGGACAACCAUGUGCGUGGAGGAGAACCAUGUGCCACCGUUUCGGGGAAACCCUCGGCAGGAGCUGCCCUCUUGGCGGCCGCCAUGUCGGGCAAAACGACGGAGAACAUGUAUAGCAAUGUGCCGCCAGUGGUGGUCAACAGUGCUCCGCAGGAUGCCACACUUCAUGUGUACUCGAACAUCAUCGAUGAACGCAAACAGCAGCAGCAGCAGCAGCAGCUGCAACAGCGAGAUCAGGCCAACAAUGUGCUGUCCUCCACACUUCUGUGCGACGAUCUCGACCUGGAUGAUCCAGUGAGUGCCGCCUCCUUUGUGGCCAGCCACUCGCAGCGAAAGUCCGCGGGCGAUGGAGCUGAGCAAGUGAAGUCGGCGGAGCGGCUGAGGAUGCUGCAUGACACCACGAUGAUAGACACAGCGCUGGAUUUGGACAGCCUGGAUGGUUCCAGCAUGGGCAACAGCUCGCAGUCCUGCCUGGUCAAGCCGGGCAAACCGAGUGCCGCGUCCUCGAACAAUCCCAUAGUCUGAGCGGCCCCGAUUACCCAUUGUCCUGUACAUAAGUGUAGAUAUUCGAUUGCCAGGCGAAGAGUAUUAUUAUUUAUUUACCUGUAUUACCUGUACUUUUACCUAUUUACCUAUUACCCAUGUGUGAUGCGUCGAUGGUGGUGGUUCAGGGGCGCGGUAGAGAGAACAGAACCUAUCAGCAGGCAGAUAAAAUAUUACCUUAACGCGUUACGCAUUCAAAAACAGAUAGAUAGAUAUCUAUGCAUAUAUGUAGAUGAUAAUAACUGAAGCAUUUACGGAUAUAUGUAUACAUAUGUAUGAUACAAAACGUGGUGAACAAUGAUGUUAACAAUUCAAUGGCAUUAACGACAAGGACGAAAUAAAGCAGAGGGAUACCAAUACUAUGGAGAGAUAUAAUAUGCAUAUACAAUGUAUGGUUAGUUAUAGUGUAUAAUUUUUGUAUUUAAGUUUUUACAACAGCCGAGUUCAGAGUUUAAAAUAAUAUUUGCAAUGGAGAAACAAAUAAACAAAGGAAGGAAAAAUCGAAGAAACAAAGAAAGCCAACUAGAAAUAUCCUGCAAUAUAUGUACGUGAAGUUGAAAUUGAUGAAUACGAAGAAGAAUAAGGACGAGAAAUGUUAACAGCGUAAGAAAGAGUUAAAAGCAACAAUGUGGUGUAUUAAAUGUUCAUAAAAUUAAAGUUAAGUGUAUUUUCAAGGUGUAAAAUGUUAUAUGACAUCAAUUAAAACGAGUUCGAGAUUUGGACAAGCUCCACUGCAUGAAAGAGCAAAAUGUUAAGCGUAUGUUAUGCGAAACUAACAAAACUACAAUUAUACAAAGAAUAAAGAUUUAUAAAUAGAGAAAACCAGA